UGUUGUCCAGUAAGGUUAAAUAAAUUGAGAUAUUCUAGAGAUAUUUCCAUCGAACUAUUACAUUAGAUAACCAUGUCUGUUCUUUAGUCCUGAGUACGCGAUCGAUUAUGUUUACUCGAUUAGACAGACUUGUUCGACUACUAUAUUAAUUGACUAGAUCACAGCGUCGAGCCUGGUCGAGUUUGCUGAAUAUGGACCUGAAUUAGCCCGAGCAACGUUAUUUUGACAAAUUGCCCGAUAUCUAGCUAAAUAUCUUACGGUCAGAUUUCGGUUCUUAUGGGGAACAAAGAUCUUUCCAAUAAUUUGUCAUUUUAAAAAAAUAACAGCAAAUGUGAGCUAAAUCCAUACGCUUCAUUGGAAGCUAGCGUUAGCAUUGUUGGCUAGCCUGCUAGCUAACGUUAGCGAAUUGAGUUUUCUUUGAUGAGCUACAAGUAUCUAUCUGAGAAUGCUGAACAAAUCAGUUAUUUGCAAUUAAAUGUUGUAUACUGAGGUUACCUAGCUAACAUUGGUUGGGCUAGCUACAUAUAUUUAUGUACUGCUAGCGGUUAUAGCUAGCACACCAGUUGAAAACGUGUGUCGAUUGAUUCGUCUUGUCUGGCAUGAUGGUGAUUUCUAGCUAGCUACAUUAGCUGCAAAGAGCUCGCCAAUCUUGGUUGAUUCGUAGUUAAAUCGCACAAUUUUGAUUGGUCUGUCACGAUGGAUCUUAACUUUUACUCUGAACUUUCUGAUGGCACUGGUCAGAAUGUCGACCCGGAGUUCUUGGAAGCACAGGCUUAUAAUGGAUACGACCCAAUUAACAAGUUUCCAGGGGGCAGUGAUAAUUACCUUACCAUAUCUGGGGCAGGUCAUCCUUUUCUCUCCUCUGAGCAGACAUUCCAUACCCCCAGUCUUGGUGAUGAGGUGUUUGAGAUCCCUCCAAUCUCCCUGGACACGGCACUCAGUGUGGGGGAUGUGGUUUCCCAUUUUGGGGAACUGUCAGGUGGAGCAGGGGGUCUCGCGGGUGCUGGAAGCCUGGCGAGGAAUGCUGUGGUGGGGGGCAAUGACCCCUCCUUUGCCUCCACCUAUGUGAACACAACCUCUCAGGGCCUGGAGCACCUGAGCUUGGGGGUGAUGAGCCAGCCUGGAGGGGGGGCCCUGCUCAGUUCAACACUAGGGGUGGAACUUGGCCACUCCAUUGGCUCCCAUUUCAGCAGCUCCUCUCCAAUGACCAUUGAUGUCCCACUUGGUGACAUGAAUCAUGGCCUAUUGGGACACAAUCAGCUAACCACUAUUGACCAAUCAGAUCUGAGCGCCCAGCUCGGGCUUGGCCUUCAUGGUGGGAACAUUCUGUCUCGUUCCAAAUCACCUGACCAGCUGUCAGCCACGCCUUCUCCAGCGGGCUCCCUCCAGGAUGAUGAUAUGGAUGACUUCAGGAGUGUGCUGGUCGACUCUCCGAUGUCCCUGUCUGUCUCCCCUGCGGUACUCUCCCACCUCUCCGCCAUGCCAGCCUCUUCCCCCAUGCUCGUCUCCUCAGUCUCCCCUGCCUUGGUGAGGCGCGGCGGGGGCAAGCCUGCCAUGGUGGCCGCUACGGCAGGGCCUGGAGGAGGGAAGAAGGGGAAGAAGAAGAAAGACCCCAACGAGCCCCAGAAACCCGUCUCUGCCUACGCCCUGUUCUUCAGGGACACUCAGGCUGCCAUCAAGGGCCAGAACCCCAACGCCACAUUUGGAGAGGUGUCCACGAUAGUCGCCUCCAUGUGGGACAGUCUUGGGGAAGAGCAGAAACAGGUGUAUAAGAGAAAGACUGAAGCAGCGAAAAAGGAGUACCUGAAGUCCCUAGCAGCUUACAGAGCCAAUCAGCUCUCACAGCCCUCCAUUGAAGUGAUGGACACAGCUUCUUCACCGUCACCUCCUCCAAUACCUGAGCCGGUGCCUUUGGCCCCCCUGGCUCCCGCCCGUCCCUCCCGUCUCCCCCAACACAUCGCAGACCAGAAUACCAUCACCAACAUCUGCGCCUCCAACAUUAUUCUGGACGUCCCCCAAGUCACCACGCGUUCCCGCACAGGAGCUUGCAAGCCCCCCACCCUGGGCCCCACAGCCACCCCGACCCUGACCCCCACCAUCACCAAGAUCAUCAUCUCCAAACAGAUGCUCCAGGCCGGGGCUAAGCUCCAUCAGAUACCCAACUCCAUGGUGACGGUGCUCCCUGGCGGCGUGCGCACCCUGCUGCCCUCAGCCCCACGCCAGCCCCCACCUCUGCUGCAGAUGCAGCACGCCCCUCCUCCCCCACGGCUCCAGCAGAUGGUACACUCCCCAGCCCCACCUCCCCUACAGGCCAAGCCCCGAGGAGGAAAUGCCGGGCCGGGGCCUCCUGUGUCCAUCACCGCCACACCUCCCCCUCCACUACAGAUCAAGAUAGUCCCGGCCUCUUUGCAGGCAGACUCAUCCUUGCCUAUUAUUGUUACUACAACAGCAACCGCCCACUCAAUUGGUGUCACCACUUCCGCCGUGCCUGCAUCAGCAUACUCCACCCCUACAGUGGCUCUGCAGUUGGCGAAGUCCACUGACUUGACGGCGAGUGCAGAUGAGGAUUCUGUUACGGAAGAGUUCACUUCGGGAGAGAUGGAAAUGGAGUUCAAUGUGUCUCCACGUACCACUGACGCUGCUUCUGGCCCCCUGACUCUCUGUGUACGAGUAGGAUGCACCAACCCUGCAAUAGAGAGCACGGACUGGGACAAAGAGUACUGCAGCAGUGAAUGUGUCGCCACUCACUGCAGGGAUAUCUUCAUGGCCUGGUGCUCCAUCAGGAAUCAGAACACGAUGGUUGUCAAGUAAAGACCGGCCACACCCAGACAAGGGGAGAAUUGUGAUUUGUGUCUUGCUGGGUCAGGGGUGAUAACAGGCCUAAGGUAGACUGAGUGGGAUGAGAGGAAGAAAUGGCAUUUGGAGGAGAGCAACUGGAGAAAAGAAGAGUGCCAUGUACCACAAAGCGAUCCAGUGGAAGGAAAUAAUCAACAUAACAACACAUGGGAUUCAUUUAGAGAUGGACAGUGGAGACAGUGACCGAGAUAAAACGUGCGAGGACAGGGAGUGAAGUAUAUAUAUUUUGUUGUGUGUUGUAUUGUUUGGACUUGCAUACCUUUUAACGGGUCCAUUCACAAUGAUGGUGUUAUGAGAGGAUGUAUACCAUAUGAAGGAACCUGAAAUCAUAGCGGGGUUCUAAAGGGUUCUAUUCCAGAGGGUAAAUUGGAUCCUUGUGCCGUCACAUGUUGACAUACACUACAUGACCAAAAGUAUGUGGACACCUGCUCGUCGAACCUCUCAUUCCAAAAUCAUAGGCAUUUUAUAUGGAGUUGGUCCUCCCUUUUGCUGCUAUAACAGCCUUCACUAUUCUGGGGAUGUUUUCCUUUAGAUGUUUGAACAUUGUUGCAGGGACUAGCUUCCAUUCAGCCACAAAAGCAUUCGUGAGGUCGGGCACUGACGUUGGGCGAUUAGGCCUGGCUCGCAGUCGGCGUUCCAAUUCAUCCCAAAUGUGUUCGAUGGGGUUGAGAUCAGUGCUCUGUGCACUUCAGCAUACGUCUGUCCCGUUCUGUGAGCUUGUGUCACGUCUGAGCCGUUGUUGCUCCUAGACCAUUUCCACUUCACAAUAACAGCACUUACAUCUGACCAGGGCAGCUCUAGCAGGGGUGAAAUUUCAUGACCCGACUUGUUGGGAAGGUGGCAUCCUAUGACGGUGCCACGUUGAAAAUCACUGAGCUCUUCAGUAAGGCCAUCCUACUGCCAAUGUUUGUCUAUGAAGAUUACAUGGCUGUGUGCUCGAUUUUUAUACACCGGUCAGCAACGGUGUGGUUGAAAUCGCCGAAUCCUCUAAUUUGAAGGGGUGUCCACAUACUUUUAUUUUUGAAGUCAGUUUUUACAGGAAAAAGUUACAAAAUAUUUUUUGUGAUCCAUGGCAGCCAAAAGCUUCAUAAAAAGUUUUCCAUCCUUAUUCUUAUAUAUUUGGAUAAAUAUAUGAUACCCAUCUUACUUUUGUUGGUUGCCUUUAGGUUCUCAGAGAAAAAAAAUUCAGCAUCUCUUUUUUUAAGAAACCGAGUCAGGAAAUAGUGAAAAUAUCAGAUUGAGGAAAGUGGCGUAUCAUGCUAUGCUCUUGGUUUCUUUUCACAUACAGUUUAGUGGGCUCUAGAGACUUUCUUACUUUUCAUUAUUGUAAAAUAAAAGUCCACUGUGUCUAGUCCGGUGUGAAUAAAUGACUGUAGAAAUCAAGGUCAAUUUGACUUAUGUUAUUCCAUUAUUUUAAAAUAAAAUAGCAAUGAAGAUAAA